AUGCGUAGAAAACGAGCAGUGAAACGUAAAAAACGGAUAAAAGCAGAAAUUACAAACAAUGAGGUUACGAUUGCGAGGUUACAGGCAGCCAAAUUAAAGCGCGAAGAGACCAUAGCGGUGGUCAAACGUCGUCUGAAAGAAAAGUUUAACGAGCGGUUCGCGCUUACAAGGGCAAACACGUUUGACAGUGAGCGAGAACAUCGAAAUUUAUUCGUCGAUAAAACCGAGUGUUCGCCUGAGAAACUCAUGGCAAAGAUUCGAGAAGAAAUGAAAUCCGUGAUGGUAGCAGGUGUUCGAAAGGUUCACGCGUCCAAAGUUCUCGAGGAAAAAGUCAAAUACGACGCAAAGACUUCGACAAUGACGAUAACAGGAAAAAAGUAUAAGCUGAAAAAAAACGUUCACGUAGUUGGUUGGGGUCGUGAGGCCUUGAUGAUGAGUUCGGCACUGGAAAGAAUCAUCGGAAAUAAUUUGAAAAAAGGAUUUGUCGUAGUACCGCGUAGAACAAUCGCUUCGAUGUCCAUUUAUCCGGAACUAUUUCCUCGACUCAACACACGUAUCCACUUAACGGAGGCUCAGAGCGAUGAGAUCCCCGACGACGUCUGCGCUCGAGCUACGAAGACCAUCGCCGACUAUUGUAAAAAGCUUAAAAAAAAGGAUAUUCUGGUAGUUUUACUUUCCCGGGGCUCGGACAAGCUUUUGUGUCAACCGAGGGGAACGGUUGGGUUGACAGAAAAAAUGCUGGUUUUGGAACUUCUCCGGAAGGCUGGUGCAACCAUAUACGAGAUUGAAACAGUGAGGAAUACUUUGUCAGCGAUUCGUGGUGGGCGUCUAGCGGAAUUGGCACAUCCGGCAAAAGUCAUAAGCCUCGUAAUGUCCGACCUCGGAGCUAAUGAACUUAAUCUGAAGCACGUAUCCGGGGGACCAACGAUUAAAGCGGAUCAUCGCGCUUCGAUAACGACGGCGCGGAGUAUAUUAGACAAAUAUGGUCUCCACGCUCACAAAUUAGCUCAGAGUAUUCGUGAAAUCCUGAAGGAUCAUCAGGAAUCAACGUCGAAAGAAAGUGAUAAGCCGUUCCAAUCAUUCGUCGAUAAUUACGUGGUUGCGAGCUCAAAGGAAGCUCUCGAUGGGAUGGCCGUUGGAGCGUUUCGUCACGGCUAUGUACCCAUUAAAAUUACCGCCACGAGCGCCCUUUCGUCGAACACAACGUCGAACAUCUUGCGCACUGUUAGCAAGGAUUACGCGAGACUCGUGUCGCUCAUGAUUCUUGCUGUUGAAGAAAAAAUCACUCGGACGGAAAUGUACCGAGAUAUUUGUGAGAAUAUCGUCACAUUUGAUCUGACAGAAAAAAUGUUUUUGGAGAUAUUCCCGAGGAAAGAGAACUGGGCUCACGGACUUUACCUUCUAAUAUGCCCGCCCUCGAGUUUCAUGGCGAACCAAACGAGAUCACGUGAGACUGAGGAGUCGGUUGCGAGGCUCUUGAGAACCGGAAAUAAUCAAGAACUGGCUAUUUACUUUUCCCUCGAUUGGUAUUUGAGGGUUGAACGAUAUCCGAUUUUGCGAGAAUACAUUGUUUGGUUUCUCGGGGGUGCGAGCGACGGUCACGAUGGAAAUACCGAUCACGCCGGGGCUUACGCUUACGGAAACCUCGCUGUUGACGUUUAUCGAAAAUUCAAAAAUAACGUGGCCUACACGAGCACAGCGAACGAUCGAGUCGAUGCUGAAUAUUUGCGUGCGGAAAAGCGCGCCGUACACGAGUCCGUGCUACCGCAUUGCGUGCUCACUUCCGGCAACGCCAAUCUCUUCUUCCUCAAUGUUAACGCUGGCGAAGAACUCUUGAAAUUAAGCGAUGCCAACGGUUCCACUCAAACCCAAGUCGGUGAUUUACAUCUCGUCAGAAUUGUACGUUGUCAGUGCUGUUGCAGCGGUUUGUGUACGAAGCCCUAA